GCAAACCUGUUGAUGUGAUCUGCGGCAGGGCAGACAAGAGGCAAGACGGGGAGCGAGCGAGCGGGUGGGAAGGCAAAAAAUAAAAAUGAAUGAGUUGACAAACGAAUGGGUCCCAGGGAAGCGUGAGGAGAGAUGAUGCAUUAAUCUGUGAUGGUUGAAAAAGGGGGAUGUUGUAGAGUUGUACGGCAGCCACUACUCAAAGAGCAGAGGGAGGGAAAUAAACGGGAGGGGUGGAGGGAAGGAAAGAGAGAGACGGGAGGGAGAGCGAGAGGAUAAAUCCUUACUACAUAAUGAUUAGAGCUCACAAGCCCUUCCUGUGACAUGGAGUGUAGGAGUCAGGAUUACAGCUGGCCAGAGAAGCCAGAGUGAGAGCUCUGCUGAUGGGCGAAGGAGGGGCACAGGUAGGAACUGCCCAAAAAAGAAAAAAACCAAUAAGGCAUACAGGACAACAAGUGCAGCCAACUGGAGGCUAGAGCAAACAAGGUGCGCUUGGAGAAAGGUCACGAGGAAGAUCCAAGAAUUUCCAAACUUCAGCAGCUGCCUCGCAUCUGCAUCCCUGUUCCGGCCAUCUGUCGCCGGCCGCUGACGGCCUCGUCCCGGGCAGCUGGAUCAUUUCUCAGAGUCUUAUUUUGAUGGAGUGGCCGCAAAAGUCCCGCUCGUACCAGAGGAGGACGAAGGAAGGAGGCUGGGAAAUGAAGAGAAGGGUCACCCUGCAGGACCUGCGAUAAAUGGGGACACACGAUGCGGACAGGUGUCAGAGAUGGAGUAGAUCUGCGUCUUCAAGAACCGGGCAGUGACGAUCAAGGACGCGGGUGACGAGCUGAAGGUUGAGGAUUUCUUUUGGCGUAAGUUUCUGGCAGCUUUUUUAGUUUUUUCUUCUUCCCAGAGUCUCACUUUCCAGCCAAGAGAGGAAUUAUCUUUCCCCCAGAGGUGCGCGGCUGGUGAAGACUUUAAAAAGGCUACUGCUUCACACACAGAUAUGCACACUUGCGGGUUUCUCCUAAAUUCUUCCUCAGUUUCUCCUCCUGGGACACAUUACCUGAAAACAGCCUUCUGAGGUGUCCCUGUCAACAAGUUGGAAAACUAAACCAAAAGCGCAUCCGUGGACGGCCGCGAUUAUAUCAACUUGCUUCUCCUUUUCCUCCUCUGGCACCUGUUCACCUUGAUCUCCCUCCGUCACUCCAUCUAUCCUCCUCCUCCUCCUGCUCCUCUUCUUCCCUCCCCCCCUCCCUUUUACCAGCGAGUGAUAAUGUGACCUUCUGCCAAAGUGCUGGAAACCAUGCCACCGUCGCAGCGGGCUCCUCUGUUGCUGCUACUGAAAUAGACUCAAACAAGUGCAGGGAGAGGAAGAGCGAAAGGGGGAGGGAGAUACGAAGGAGGGAGGAGGAGGAGAAGGCGAGGGCCAAAGGGGAGAGAAAGGAGAGGAGGAGAAGGAGGGAAAAAAAGAAAACCGGGAACAGGACAGCUGAAGCUGCACACACGGGAUGAGUGGUGACGAGCCAGGGCUGGAUGUGGAUUGCCAACACAGGCAGUAGGUGACUGAGAUGGGCGUUCGUCUAGGCUGCUGGAGCGACUCCCCGUGGUGGCCGGCGCCGCCGCUGCUGCUGCUCUUAUUCUGCGCCAUACCCGGCUGUUCGGGCCGGCCGUUUGGGAUCCCCACGCCCUCUGUGAACGUGGCGGUGGUGUUCAGCGGCACGGCCUACCAGACGGAGAUCAAGGGGCGUUUGAGCCGGGAAAACUUCAUGGACCUUCCCUUGGAGGUGAACCCCAUCACUGUGCUGGUCAACAACACUAACCCUCGGGCGCUGCUAACCCGCAUCUGCGACACUCUCUCCACCAACCGUGUCCAUGGCGUGGUGUUCGAGGACAAUGUGGGCUCAGAGGCCGUGGCGCAGAUCUUGGACUUCAUCUCCACUCAGACGGCCGUGCCGAUCGUGGGCAUCAGUGGAGGCUCUGCUGUCGUCCUGCCACACAAGGGUGAAGGCUCCAACUUCCUCCAGCUGGGCUCCUCCAUCGAGCAGCAGAUCAACGGUAUGUUCAAGGUGAUGGAGGAGUACAACUGGGACAGCUUCGUGGUCAUAACCAGCCUCUACCCGGGUUAUGAAGCCUACGUGGAUUACAUCAAGUCCUUUACUGACACCAGCUACUUCAUAUGGGAUCUGCAGGAUGUUCUGACCUUCGACAUGUCCGCUGACAUCACGAACGACAUACGAGCGCGGAGGCUGCUACAGCAGAUAGACGCCCAGGUGCUGCUGGUCUACUGCUCCCACGAAGAGGCCCAGUACCUGUUUGCCAUGGCAGGAGAGGUCGGAUUAGUGGGACCAGACUACAUCUGGAUUAUCCCGAGCCUGGCUGUGGGAAACCCAGACAUCCCUCCACCCGACAGCUUCCCGGUGGGGCUCAUCAGCAUCAUUACGGACCGGUGGAGGAUGAGCCUGAGGAAAAGGGUGCGCGACGGGGUGGCUAUUGUAGUGAAAGGCGUCCAGAGUUUUCGGAAACAAAGAGGCUUCAUUCCCGAGGGCCACAGUGACUGUCACAACCCUGUCAAGGCGUUAGCUACCAAUGACACCCUGUUCAGGCACAUGUUGAAUGUAACAUGGGAACACAAUGACUUCUCCUUCAACACUAAUGGUUACCUGGUGAAUCCAGCCAUGAUAAUCAUCACUCUAGACAGAGAGCGACAGUGGGACAAGGUGGGCACCUAUGAAAUGGGGAUCCUGCAGAUGAGAUACCCCGUCUGGCCGCGGUUUGGCAGCUACUUAGAGCCCGUGUCAGAUUACAGGCAUCUCACAGUGGCCACGCUGGAGGAGCGGCCCUUUGUCAUUGUGGAGGCAGUGGACCCCGUGACUGGUACCUGUGUCAGCAACACCGUGCCCUGCCGACGACAGUCCAAUAAGACCGAGACUAUCGUAGGCCACACUGAGCCAUACACAAAGCUGUGCUGUAAAGGUUUCUGCAUAGACAUCCUGAAGAAACUGUCCCGCACCAUAAAGUUCUCCUACGACCUCUACCUGGUCACCAACGGCAAGCACGGCAAGCUGGUUCGAGGAAUCUGGAACGGGAUGAUCGGAGAGGUGUUCUACAAACGGGCCGACAUGGCCAUCGGUUCACUGACCAUAAAUGAAGAGCGCUCAGAGAUUAUUGACUUCUCGGUGCCGUUUGUGGAGACGGGGAUCAGCGUGAUGGUGGCUCGGAGUAACGGGACGGUCUCUCCUUCUGCUUUUUUAGAACCCUACAGUCCAGCGGUGUGGGUGAUGAUGUUCGUCAUGUGUCUCACAGUUGUGGCCAUCACAGUCUUCGUCUUUGAAUACUGCAGUCCAGUUGGGUAUAACCGCAGCCUGGUCAGUGCCAAAGAUCCCGGAGGUCCCACCUUUACCAUCGGGAAGUCUGUGUGGCUGCUGUGGGGAAUUGUCUUCAAUAACUCUGUCCCUGUUGAGAAUCCAAAGGGCACCACUAGCAAGAUCAUGGUCCUGGUCUGGGCUUUCUUUGCUGUCAUCUUCCUGGCUUCCUACACAGCCAACCUGGCAGCCUUUAUGAUCCAGGAGCAGUACAUCGACACAGUGUCCGGACUGAGUGACAAAAAGUUUCAAAAGCCGCAGGAGCAGUAUCCUCCAUUCCGCUUUGGUACGGUCCCAAAUGGCAGCACAGAGCGCAACAUAAGGAGCAACUAUCCCGAGAUGCAUGCCCACAUGGUCAAAUACAACCAGAAGGGAGUGGAGGAUGCCCUUAACAGCCUCAAAACAGGGAAACUGGAUGCUUUUAUCUAUGACGCUGCUGUGUUGAAUUACAUGGCUGGCAAAGAUGAAGGCUGUAAGCUGGUGACUAUUGGCAGUGGCAAAGUGUUUGCUACCACUGGUUAUGGCAUUGCACUACAGAAGGAUUCACGCUGGAAACGACCCAUCGACCUGGCCCUGCUCCAGUUCCUGGCUGAUGGUGACACACAAAAGCUGCAGACCGUCUGGCUCACUGGCAUCUGCCGUAAUGAAAAGAAAGAAGUCAUGAGCAGUAAGCUGGACAUUGACAAUAUGGCGGGGGUCUUCUACAUGCUGCUUGUUGCCAUGGGCCUGAGCCUGCUGGUUUUUGCUUGGGAACAUCUCCUCUACUGGAAACUACGACAUUCGGUCCACAAAUCAGAGCGCUUGGACUUCCUCCUAGCUAUCAGCAGAGGCAUCUACAGCUGCUUCAAUGGAGUAGAGUCCGCUGACCACAACGGGAGCAUACAGAGUCCAGACGUCACUUCUAACUAUACACAAGCCAAUAUGCUAAAGAUGCUUAAAACAGCCAAGGACAUGGUGUCCUCUGCAAGAGUGGAGAACUCUUUGGAUAAUGCCACCAAAACAAUAGAGAACUGGAGCAGACGGGGGGCCGACAAUGUGCGAGCUGCCCUGCCACCCAGAGUUACCACCACAGACAUGACCCACGGACGCCUGCCCUACAUCUCAAGCAUCACAGACAACCAUUCACCGUACCCUCAGAGGGCCAUAACACCCACCUUUCCGAUUCAUUAUGGGGAUUCUUCAUCCCAACCCCUCCUGGAUAAGCCCCGGGUGGUAACUCGACCCACCCCACUCCGGUACACGCUGCCCGCCCGCAGCAGUCAGCACAUCUUAGAGAGGACUCUGCCCAUCUCCAGCCUCAGCAGCCCUCACAUCGCCAUAAGGGAUCCUUCUCCUGCCGGACCGUCAAACCCCCAUCCCAGCAGCAGGCUGUAUGUGGAGAACCAAGCCCGGCACCCCAUCUCUCCUUUUGCCACUUACAGGGACUUCCAGAUGCCCGAUAUCUACAUGGAGCACAGAGCACCCCUGAGGAGGAAGUUCAGCUACCCCCCUGACUGUAUGAGUCGCAGGAGGAGGUCCCAUAGCUAUGUGUUUGAUGCUGCAGACCCAAGAGUAAGAGGUGAUUACGAUGAACCUCAAACCUGCCUCGCCGAGCUGAGAGCAAAUCACCUCCUAAGCAACCACGCCUCCAAUGCAGCUGCCAUGCCUUGCACCGCAGGACACUACCCUAGUGGCAGCACCAGCUGCAACUCCUGCAUGAAGUCCUACCUGGAACCCGACAUGGACGACAUACCACUCCUCGGAAAGGACAAACUGAACCGCCGCGCCUCAUUCCUCAAAGCCACGUGGGGCAAUGACAGGAUCCAUCAGGUAGAUGAAACAAAGCCUUCGACAUCAACAUCUCCCCCGACCAGAGGAGACAUGCCUGACCUGUUUCCACGGGUGGUAGUGGCUAACCCCAAACCCCACAAGCUAUAUGGCAGUCUGGGGCACAACCUGUCCUGCUACCCUUUGGCUGCUGAGCCAGCCUACUUGGACCCAGCCCACAUGGGCUCCUACCCCUACAAGCAAAAGCUCAAGUACUCCGAGUCCACCCGGCUGCCCUCUUACAGGGAAGCCAUUCUGCAGAACGCAGCCGCCCUGCGCCGUUCUUCCUCCACAGUGGUGCACAGACACUAUUCCACCUACCUGAACUCGUACACAGACUUACCAGUGUACGUGGGGCCACUGGCUCAGGGACCGUCCCAGUUCUACAACAGUUCCAAGGACAUGUGCCACUUGUUUCCAUGUACAAGCCACUGCCCAGACAAUGCAGCAAUGCUGCCUCGUAUGAGUGACAGGCAGAUGGUUUACCACAACAAUAUGUUUGGGGCCUACGAUGGCACAGGAAAGAGGGAAGAUCCAGGCUCUGGGCCUAGAGACCGGAGGCAGGUGUUGGUUGCGAGAAGAGUCAACAGUCCCUAUGUGCCAAAGCCCUGGGGUAGGGUUUCAAGCCUGGAGUCUGAGGUCUGAACCACCAUCCUUAACAGUCCUCCAUUAGGCUCUGUGACUGAGCCCCUUCAAGGAAUGCCUGGAGGUUCUCCCCUCAGCCUCUGGUUAAAGCAAAAAUAAAACUCUACACCAACAGUGUAUUUGAGAGCAGUGACUCUCAAUUAUCAGUGCAAUAAUAUCUUGGGCAGCGAUACGUAAAAGGAGAAGACACUCAAAAGCAAAUUACUGCUGGGACUUUAUAAGCCAAACUGAAUACAAAUUUUAAAAAAGGCAAUGUUGAAAAGUAUUUAAUACAUAAGAAUUUAACCCGUUGAUUGUUAUUUAAACGAUUUUUAAAUGCUGUGUUGCUAUGUGAAAGAAUACUGGGAGACAAUAUACUGUAGCCUCUCGAUCUGAUUACAACUUGUGAUUUUCUGCUCUCAUUUCCUACAAAUUCACUUCGGUUUCUCACCAUUUCGAUUGAGUGAUAAAUUAUUGAUAUAAUUUUGUGAUCAAACCACUGAUAUGUCUUCCGUAAAUUUCUAAGUCCACGACCUUGGGUUGUUCUGAGACUUUGUGCUCCACUGGUCAUUAAUGUAAUUUGACUGGGAUUUUAAAAAGGGAAACCAUAUAAAGCAUCAUGUAUUUCCAUUGUUACACUACCCUUUAAUAAAGAACAAGGCCAUCUCAAGGGUCUUUUGGGAUCAUA